GCCGGUGUUCGGUUCGCCAAUGGCCUCAAGAAUCUGGCCAUCAGUCAAAUACCGCCAAAGAUCUUACGGGUGAUCAACAUAUUGGGCUAUAAGGGACAGGAGAGUGUGGGACUGGAGGAACUGAAUAAGGCUGCGUUCGAGUUGCCCGGUAUGAACAGCCGGUUCGCCCGCAUGUUCUUCAUUGCGUACUGGCUUUACGGCAAAUCUCACGGAGGGCUGGGACUCAAGAAGGACCUCCAGAUGUGCGAGGGUAUCAUAAAAAAGGAGUUGGAGGACCAUCCUAAGGCUAUUGUAUACCUGGGCUUCCAGGCCAAACUGGAACAGGUGAAGGGCAAUAUAGAUGUGUCGAUCAAACUGAAUGAGGAACUCCUAAAGAACGAAUACACGGCUUUCCAUAAGGCCGUCCACUUUGAGCUGAUGUUCUCGCACGCCCUCAAGUCUGAAUGGGAUGAGUGCAUCAAAUACGCGGAACUGGUCCGCAAGGGUACCGAACACUCGCCUACUUAUACCACUUAUGCUGAGGCGGUGUUCCGGUACGUCAAGUGCAUUGAGGCCAUGGAUGUCCAACAGAAACAGAUUGUCACCAAACUUAUGGAG